AUGCUAGGCGCCAGUAGUAGUGAGGACGAUGACGACGAUUUCGUAAAUGAGGAACCAGAGCUGACAUACUCGGUCAAGAAACGAUCGUUACUCGGACAACUCUCACCGCGUUCCGCAUCGCCUGCUCCGUCCGAUUCCGUCAGUCAAACGAAUUCGUUGAAACGUAACAAUAGCAGUAGUACGUAUCGACGUAAAGAUUCAUGUCAUAGUCAAACCCCGGCCAGAUCGGCACGGACAGUAUCCACCGUUUCGCGGCCGAUGCUGCAAUCAUCGCAGGAUAUUUCGGAUAAUGACUAUGAAGAUGACGUGCCCACACAAUUAGUGAACGAUGAACCGAGUCUUAGCAAAGAGGAGCAAGAGCGAAUACGAGCCGAACGCGAAGAGGAGGAACACAAGAAAAAUCUGCAAAUGUACGUCUUCGUUGCACGAUGUAUUGCAUACCAUUUCAACGCAAAACAACCGACAGACAUGGCACGACGACAAGUGAAAGUCACUAAGCAGGAUUUGUCAAGGAUCAAGGAGAGGUUUCAAGCGUUCCUGAAAGGAGAGACGAAUAUUCCAACGGAUGAAGCGUUUGCGAAAGCUAUGCACAGUUAUUGUGAGGUUUUUCUCAAAUCUGAACGGGUGCAAAAAGUUGUCGCAGCUGGCGGCUUUUCAAUGCAUGACUUCCGAGAGGUAUUCCGAUGUAAUGUUGAGAAACGGAUUCGAUCGUUACCGGAUAUUGAAGGUCUCUCCAAAGACACCGUGCUUAACUCGUGGAUGUCAAAAUUUGAUACGAUCACGAAAGGAGACGAAGAAGCACAAAGUAGAACCGCUAGAGGUCGUUCUCGAAAUGCUCCAAGUCAACCGAAUGCGGACGUAAUUCUUGGAAAGGAACAACUGUACGAUAUGUUUCAGCAAGUUUUAAGCGUCAAAAAAUUUGAGCAUCAAAUUAUCUUCAAUGCUUUACAGCUGGACAACCCUGACGAACAAGCAGCUGCAAUCAGGCGAGAGGUGGCUACGAGAGAAGACGCGUGUAAGGACAUUCAAAAGAUGCGGAAAAUUAUGCCAAAGUUCGUCGUAAAAGAUAUGGAAACUCUUUUCAUGGAUGAGGUUCGGCAGUCAAUCAAUUUGCUCAUUUCCAAUUUGGAGUCAGUCCCGGUGACACCAAGAGGCCAAGCAGUAGGAAAACGAAAAGACAAGUCUCGCAGUACAGGCAAAUCGAAACGAUCGCGAAGCAUUGAAGAUCUGUCACUGUUCAACAGCUUGAAGAGGAGAACGAGCUCUGGUUCUCUGAACAAGAACGACAGCGACGAUGGAGAGGUGACGUUAACUAAAAGCGAUGUUGUGCUCACGUUCAACAUGGAGGUUGUUGUGAUGGAGGUGCAAGGUCUCAAAGCUUUAGCUCCGAAUCGAAUAGUUUAUUGUACCAUGGAGGUGGAUGGGCACAAAUUGCAGACUGACCACGCUGAAGCUCAGCGACCUUCAUGGGACACGCAAGGUGACUUUUCGACAAAAAAUCCUCUACCAGUUGUGAAGGUGAAGUUGUAUUCGGAGGUGAAAAGCAUCGUAUCUUUCGAGGACAAGGAACUUGGAAAGGUGAUUAUUCAACCGACUCCUAACUGCUCACGAUCACCUGAAUGGUACACGAUGACAGUUCCGAAGAACAGUGCCGACCAAAAUCUGAAAAUCAGGAUAGCGAUACGGGUUGAAAAGCCGCCGAAUCUAAAAUAUUGUGGCUAUUGCUACUGCUUGGGUCGGCAAGCUUGGAAGAAAUGGAAGCGGCGGUUUUUUUGUCUGGUUCAGGUGUCGCAAUACGCUUUUGCGGUCUGCAGUUUUCGACAGAAGAAAUCAGAUCCUACCGAAUUUGUACAGCUGGAUGGUUUUACGAUCGAUUACAUGCCGGAACCGGACCAAGAUCUCAUUGCACAAGGAGGCAAACAUUUUUUCACUGCUAUCAAGGAAGGAGACGAGUUGAAGUUUGCUACGGACGACGAGAACGAGCGACACCUAUGGGUCCAGGCCUUGUAUCGUGCAACUGGUCAAGCUUACAAACCGGUCCCACCAAAACAGUCCACUGUUGCUCCAAAAGCCCAAGGCUUCCAGGAUAAAGCUAGUAAACACGGACUGGAUGAUAUUAUUCAGGCUGAUCCCAUCAGCUUCAACCAUGACCACAUGUUCGCGGAGAUCCAAAGACAAGCGCUUAGUUUCCGAAUGAACGAACCGAUAUGCUCACUGGGUUGGUUUUCACCUGGGCAAGUGUUCGUUCUGGAUGAGUAUUGUGCUCGGUAUAUGGUCCGUGGGUGUUAUCGGCAUGUCACCUUGCUCUCAAACUUGCUCGACAAAGCUGAUCAGGGACAACUAAUUGACCCUACCCUCAUCCACUACUCAUUUGCUUUUUGUGCCAGUCACGUCCAUGGUAAUAGGCCGGACGGCGUCGGUACAGUAACCUUAGAGGAGAAGGAAAAAUUUCAGGAAAUCAAAGAACGAUUACGGGUAUUGUUAGAGAAGCAGAUCACGAAUUUCAGGUACUGCUUCCCAUUUGGUCGUCCUGAAGGUGCUUUGAAGGGUACAUUAUCACUUUUAGAGAGAGUGCUCAUGAAAGAUGUCGUUUCACCAGUACCACCAGAAGAAGUUCGUGCAGUCAUUAGAAAAUGUCUUGAAGAUGCUGCUUUAGUCAACUACACGCGAAUAUGUAAUGAAGCAAAAAUUGAGCAACGGAUGGGAGUUGAUGUGAGUCCUCAGCAGCGGAUUGAAGACAUGAUGCGAGUAACGGAGUACUGUAUCGACUUGCUCAAAGAAAAUGAGGAACAUCACGGAGAGGCGUUCGCUUGGUUUUCGGACUUGUUAGCUGACCAUUCGGAAAUUUUCUGGUCUCUUUACUCGGUUGACCUCGACUCUGCCAUGGAGGUUCAGCCACCAGACUCUUGGGAUGCUUUUCCCUUGUUCCAAACUCUCAACGACUUCUUGCUUAGUGAAAAGUCAUUAAGCGGCGGUAUCUUCCACAAGAAGUUAACCACACAGUUCCAACCAUUGGUGGUGAGAUACACAGAUCUGAUGGAACAUUCAAUAUCACAAUCGAUCGACAAAGGUUUUUCAAAGGAGAAAUGGGAGCCAAGGAAGGAGGGAUGUGCAACUUCGGAGGAUAUUUACUGGAAGCUGGAUGCACUUCAUACUUUUGUUUCCGACUUGAAUUGGCCAGAAGAAGAGUUCCGUAAAUACUUGAAUGUACGCAUGAAAAGCUUAACCUCAGACAUGAUUUCUAAGGUGGCUAGCAGUACUUACCAACAGUUCGAUUCUUGGAUGCAAAGAGCGCGAAAGUCAACAGAUUAUAUCCUACCAUCAGAAGUAUGUGUGAUGAUCAAUGUGCUGUUCAGCUCUAAGGCACGGGCCACGAGGAUAGCUGUGGACGGAGGAGAGUAUCAAUCAAAACUGGACGAAACGUUGGAUACGAUGCUUUCUGACAUGGAAACUUGCAUUCAAGAUAGACUAAUUGGUGUUUUGGAGUUUGUACUCGGAAAGCUCGCGCGGUACGAUGAAGGGAAUCCAAUUGGAGCACUGCUCAGUAUGGCACCUAAACCUACUUCUAUAUUCAACAAAGUGAAAACAAUGGUAGGUGAACAAGGCAUAAACAUCACUGGAACUGCGGCCGCCACACCAACUACUCCACAAAAUUCGAAAACUCCUGUUUCCCAACAACAGUCCACGGGACAUUUCGGGAAUUCGUAUGUGACGUUUAUGCGGGGAUGCACGGAACAGCUGAGACAAAUUGUCACAGACGAGGUUUGGGUCAACACACUGUUUGAGAAUUGGUAUUCCAAUCAAAUGAAGAUGAUCAAUGAAUGGUUAACGGAGCGGUUGCAGCAGUCGCUUAGUCCAUAUCAGUUCACUUGUCUGAGUUUUAUUGUUAAGAAAGUGUACAGCGAUUUCGAAUUGCAAGGAAUUGAUGAGGAGACAUUGAAUAGCAAGAUCUAUCAGUCUAUCAAUAGAAGGUUGCAGCUGGAGGAAACAAACGUUGCUUUACACGACCACAGCAAUGGACACGCUCCAUCCGUGUUUCCUACCUCUCUGGGAAACGCUACUGCAGCUGUGUCAAACGUUUCAAGUAUGGUCGAAGGUGCUGGCGCGAAAGUGUUUUCAUUCUUCAAAUAA